AUGUGCAAUACACCUCGAGAACACUCUUACAAUGCCGGCAUAGCCGCCGAGAGAACAGCCCCCCACAGUAGCAUCGAGAGAAGUGCAUCGCGGCCAAGUAUAAUCAUUGAUACGCCGCCAGAUGGUGGCGCCAGAGCGUGGAUGGUAGUUUUUAGCACAUUUCUAGUUGUUAUGAACACCUGGGGGGUUGCAAACUCCUUUGGCGUCUUUCAGCCAUACUUCACCAGAGCGUUUUCGCGGCCACAGUCCGAUGUCUCGUGGAUCGGUUCAUUUGAAGUGUUCCUGCUCUUUUUCGUCGGGACGUUUACGGGACGAUGGACAGAUAUGGGAUUCUUUCGUCCCUUGUUCAUCGCCGGCUUCUUCCUUGUCAUCUUGGGAAUGGUUGCUGCCUCGUUUUGUACCACCUACUGGCAAUUCUUUCUCGCCCAGGGUAUCUGCCUAGGCCUCGGAAACGGCUGUCUGUUCUGUCCCUGUAUGGCAGUGACAUCUACGUACUUUGCGAAGCGUCGCUCAUUGGCGUUCGGCCUCACAGCCGCUGGGGCUGUUGUCGGAGGUCUCACUAUUCCGAGCAUGGUUCGGCAGCUUUUGCCAAGGAUAGGGCUUGGCUGGACCAUUAGAGCUAUUGCCUUGAUUCAGGUUGUGACUUUGAUAGUUGCUGGCCUACCAAUCAAGACCAGGAUUCCACCACGGCAGGCAGCACCUCUAGUAGAGUGGGCAGCCUUUAGAGAAUCAGAGUAUAGUCUCUAUGCUAUUGGGGCGUUCAUGUGCUUCUGGGGAACCUAUUUUGCCUUCCACUUUCUUGCGGCAUUCUCCCGGGACGUCUUGGGACUAUCUUACACAGACUCACUUGACCUAUUAUUGGUUCUCAACGGUGUGGGUGCACUCGGAAGAAUUGUUCCGGCCCAGAUUGGGGACGUAAUUGGUACUAUCAACAUAUUUGCUCCAAUGGCGUUCAUGACCGGCACCGUAAUGUUCUGUUGGAUUGGCGUACAAAACACGACCGGGCUGUAUGUCUGGACUGCUUUUUAUGGCUUUGCUGUUGGCGGAGUUCAGUCACUGUUUCCCUCCGUGCUCAGUAGCUUGACCACGGACCCUCAAAAGCAGGGUACGAGAAUGGGCAUGGUUUUCACGGUGGUCAGCUUCGCAUCUCUCACCGGAUCGCCGAUUGCAGGAGCCAUUAUCGAUGCGAUGGGGGGCAAAUACGUUGGCGCACAAGCAUUUGCCGGUUGUUGCAUGAUGUUGGGAAUGGCAUUCGUUCUUUCCGCACGGAUUUGCAAGACACGGAAGAUGGGAGCAGGGACAUUCGCUUUCAUCAAGGUUUGA